AUGAUUCCCGCUAUCCUGACCGGAGUUUCUAUGCUCGCAGGCUCUGCCUACGCUUCGGCUGUGCAACCCGUUCGCGCCGCCGGAGGAUGCACCAACAUCAAUUCGUACUCCCCGGAGACCGGAACCACCGGCUACUUCAUGCUUGCUGCUAGCGAAUGCAAGAACGUUACCGCGCCGGAUCAGGCUUGCGCUAUUGAGGGUUUCGGUGAUACCAGCGUUGUCUUCCGCACUGCUGGAGAGACUGGUAUCCAUAUGGGAUAUAUCGCCAUCGGCUCCGAAAACGACGAAGCCAAGAACCCCAUCAUCUGUGACGACUCCUCUCCUUCUAUUCUCAAUGGUCUCGUUGAGACCGGCGUGAGCGGAUAUAGCUUCCAGCCAUUGAACAUCAGUUCUAUCCCCUAUACCGCGCUGUUGAUGUGGGGAUUGGACGAGCAGGCGUCUGUCCCGGUCGACUUUUACCACCACUAUGUGAACGGCACGCAGCAGGACGGCCUGUUUAUUGGCGCCAACAAUGUCACUACUUGGGCUAUCAAGGAAUACUCUGAUUCUGGAUCGAAGCUGCCGUACUGGUUGUUCCGGCUGUUGGGGCCCGAUAGUGAGGAUCCUAUCACUGGUGCGGCAUUGGAGGAGGGUGAGUUGGUUACCUAUAUUAAGGUUAGGUAUUAG